CAAGCACGAUGAUGGCCAACAGAGUGGAGGCAAAGGUUGGAGAAACAGGAUGGGAGGAGAAACAGAAGCAGGCAGCAGCAAAGACAAGGAACGAGGAGAUAGAGAAGUCUGAGGAACCUGAGGGAGAGAAGCAGACAGUAACGACUAUCAACUGGUUUGGUAAGAUUUUGGAGGUUAGCGAAGGAGGAUGGAUAGUACGGGCUGGCGACGAGUUGUUCAGUGAUUGUGAGGGUAUCCUAGAAUGGGCAAGAGAGAUUGGGGACUCUACUGAGGGCGAGGAGUACAGUAAGGAGAAGAAGCAGACCAAUCCUAAUCUGAGGGUUCAGAGUUAUCCAUUCAAGCCUGGUAAGCAGAAGCAGAAAGCCAAGCAGUUGCUGGGGAGUAUGGAGCUGACCUAGCAUGCAAGGAUAAAGACUACUGGGGAGCAGUAAAAGAGAGAAUCACAUGGGAGGUGCGUGGUUGGCAGAACCACAGGGGAGGUUGUUGGAGUGGUUCCGCCACCAACAAUGGACUACUUGUGACUUGGGGUGACGAGGAGAGAAAUGCGGACUUGGGACGAGAAGGAACUAGGAAGCGGGUAUUGCGUGAGCGUGAGGUGUACGGAAAGGGGAGAAGAAAGAGAGAAGAUUGGUGGAAAGAAAGGAGAAUGGUGGUUGAGUGGAAGAAAGGAGUGGAAGUGGCGAGAAACAGAUUGACGUGGGGCAA